AAUGGUGGCGAGAGUGCAUGUGGACCUUCGGACAACGUUCCUACGAUCCUUUCCUUCCUUCAUCUCUCUCUCUCUCUCUCUCUGGUUGAGAAAUGCUUGUAAAGCGCGUACCGGGGAGAAGACCCCGAUCGUCCAUGGCUGAUCGAAUAGAUGGAGGGUUAGGGUUUCGUUUUCAAUUUCGCUAAUUAGGGUUUUUGGCUUCGCCAUGGAAGUCUGCACCUGCAAUUCCUUAGAAUUGUUGUUCUUUGGAUUCCGGUUUAGAUAUAGGUUGUUUUUCAUUAUCUGUUAAAGAUUAGAGCGUUUGUACCAUGUUUCCUAAUCUGCAGAGAUGCAUUGGUGGCAUAACACCCGUUUUCCGUCUUCUUUGUUAUCGUCUAAAGACUCUAAAUCUAAUUCCUUAGCUUCUUCUCACCAAAAAAGAAAUGUCAGGGACUACAAUUUAUUCAGGAGCCGUAGAGGAUCGGAGGAGCAGCAGCCUCAUCUUACUCGACAGCGGAAGCUUCGUCAUCUUAGCGAAGAUGAAGUUAGGAGAUUACCCUUAAGAAAUCUCAGUCCUCUGUCUCAGCCAAAUUCGACAUCGCUUUCUCCGUCAUCCACCAACCAUGACCCGGCAUCGGCUUCUGCCGGGGCCGGGCCAUCGUCGGUGGUGCCACAGCCGUUACCGCUGCCUGAGUUGUCUGUGCUGCUUCAGAGAGAUUCCGGGGUUACCGCAUCUCCUCAUCCAGGGGAUUGUCCUCUUCCUUCCCCCAAGGAGGCCCCAAUCAGAAAAGAUGGUGAGAACAGAAGAGAUGCAGAGAAUGGUGAUCGAACGGACUACUUGUUCGGAGAUGGGGCCGAAGAAGGGGUCCCUGCUCGCCCUCCCGCUUCCAGUAGGUCUGCUCACCAAAUGAUGCAUAAAAGCACCGAUCAUGUUGAUGCACCCAGAUCUCCAACUGAUCGUGGUAGGAUGCUGUCUCAUGAUUCAAAUGGUAUUGACAAUGUUCAAAGCAAUUACCUGCUGAAUGCUCCUGUUAACAGUGCUCCAACUAGUGGGUUCUCUACUCCUGUUCGUAGCCCUCGAAGAUAUAGUUCUGGAGAUUUUCUUCCUUCUCCCUUCAUGGUUUCUCAAGGUUUUCAGGGUUGGUCUGCUCCCGAGAUCCCACCCUCAGAUAUGCUUGGGGGAUUUUCUUCGCGAACUUCACCAGAGAAAUUUAUUUCUAGUCCUGACUACUCUCCCCUUUAUAGUCCAACAGUAAGGAGUCCUGGCCUAAACCCUAGAAGUUCAAGUGGAGCUGCAUCUCCAUUGCAUCCAAAGCAAUCUGCAGAGAGUUCUUCUGCAUGGCAUGAAAGUAAUGGUCAUGUCACAGUCCACCCAUUACCGCUUCCUCCAGGGGCUACACCAACUUCACAGCCAGCCUUUGUCCAUCAAAGUACACCUAAACCAGAGACGUCAUCAAUGACAAGUCAGUGGCAAAAGGGAAAGCUUAUUGGACGUGGUACAUUUGGAAGUGUUUAUGUUGCCGCCAACCGAGAAACUGGAGCUCUUUGCGCAAUGAAAGAAGUAAAUCUGAUCCCAGAUGAUCCUAAAUCUGUAGAAUGCAUAAAACAACUGGAGCAGGAAAUUAAAGUUCUUAGCCAAUUAAAGCAUCCAAAUAUUGUGCAAUAUUAUGGUAGUGAAAUUGUUGAGGAUCGGUUCUAUAUAUUUCUGGAGUAUGUUCAUCCUGGAUCCAUUAAUAAAUAUGUUCGUGAACAUUGCGGAGCUAUGACAGAAUCUAUUGUGCGCAAUUUCACCCGUCAUAUUCUCCAGGGAUUGGCUUACUUGCAUAGCACAAAAACAAUCCACAGGGACAUUAAAGGGGCCAAUUUGCUUGUUGAUGCAUUUGGUGUUGUCAAGCUUGCUGACUUCGGAAUGGCAAAGCAUCUUAGUGGACAAGCGGGUGAUCUUUCUUUGAAGGGAAGUCCAUACUGGAUGGCACCAGAGGUCAUGCUGGCUGUAAUGCAGAAGGAUAAUUGUGAACUUGCUCUUGCAGUUGACAUCUGGAGUUUGGGCUGUACAAUUAUUGAGAUGCUGACUGGGAAACCUCCUUGGUGUGAUUUUGAAGGGGCUGCAGCUAUGUUUAAGGUUUUGAGAGAAUCCCCUCCAAUACCAGAAACAUUGUCAACAGAGGGCAAGGAUUUCCUUGAGUGUUGCUUUCGAAGAAGUCCUGCUGAGAGGCCAUCAGCCAGCAUGCUAUUAGAACAUCGUUUUCUGAGGACUUCGCACCAUCCAGAUGUUCCUGCUUGCACCCAAGUUUUCUCCGGAAUGAAGUUGGCGGAUAAGGCUCAGUGUCCAAAAGAGCGGGCUAAACAUAAAAUUGAUAUGUUGCCCAUCUCCUCAAGCACAACAGCUACCAAAGGGAAACUGGCAUUUACUGGUGCAACUAAUCAACGAUCUCAUCCUGAAACUUGCGACUCCGCAGUGGUCAUUCGCCAUUCCCCUCGAUCUACUCUUGAGGCACUUCCAAGUUUAUCUCCUCCGCAUUCAAAUCACAUGGCACAUAGUCCCAGAUCUUCUCCAAAUGUUCUCAAUGGUAUUCAUGCGGGUGCUGGGAGAAAUCAUUUUUCUGUUCUCCCGGAGGACUCAUGGAAGGGGCAUUACUGACGUUUUCUGAAGUUGGUUGAUUGUAUUAUAUCAUUGUUUCUAUCUUAAAAUGGCUCAAUUCCCUCAUGUCAUCAUGUGAACGUGGAGGAGUAAUUUAAGUUCCAGUUGUGAAUCUACAUGAGAGCUGCAGUAAAGAGUGAUCAUAUUUUGCAUUGCCUUCUUUGAUCAUCAGCUCCCAGUUCACACCAACACCGACCGAGGGCCCUGUAAAAGGUUCAUAGAAGUAAUGUGGUUUGGUAUUUUUGCUUUUGCUUUUUGUUUUGUUUUUUUUUUUUUUUUUUUUCUUCUUCUUUAUAGCUUCAAAUUCCAAUUCUGGGUUGGGAUGUUAAAAGCAGGUUUUUGAGAACAUUAAUUUAGGGUCUCAGUUCCAAAAGUUCUUAGUUCUUUGCUUACCCUAAAGCUUUCUUCUUAUAAAAUGUAUACCAAAAUUCAAUCAAAGUGAGUUUGUAGAUAUUAGAUUCAGUAGUUGGCCUGGUGAUCAGAUAGCCUGCAUCGUAACUUUUUCUUUUAUUUGAGGAACUCCAAGGAUGUGAUGUAAUUUAUUACUCUAACAGUUGUCGGUAGAGGCUUCAUGGUUGUGCUCUAGGUUGUUGGUCUAAUAUUUGUUAAAUAUGAGCACUCACUCUCACCUUAUGUAUUAUGAAUAUGAAUGUGCAUAAUGCAAAGAUUCAAACUUUGUUGUGCUUUGCACUUGCA